AUGACUAAAUUCUUCAAGUCCUAUUGGCGUCAAGAGGACUCUCCAGGUAUCGUCUCCGACGUGUUUCACUCUCCGGAGAGUUUCGCGCGGGACUACGAGCGAAUGGAGAGGGACUUGAAGGUCUACAUAUACCGGGACAGAGACCCCGGAAUGUACUUCCAGUCGCCGUGGAAGCUGACGGGGAUGUACGGGAGCGAGGCCUACUUCUUCAAGAAUAUCAAGGAGAGUCGCUUCCGCACCACUGAUCCUCUUCAGGCUCACCUCUUCUUUAUUCCCAUUUCUUGGAAUAAAAUGCGCAGCCAGGGAACACCUUAUGAGAAUAUGACCGUUAUAGUUGAGAAUUAUGUCCAGAGCCUAAUCUCAAAGUACCCCUAUUGGAACCAAACUCAAGGUGCUGAUCACUUUUUUGUGGUAUGCCAUGAAAUUGGUGUGGAGGUUAUUGAAGGAGUUCCAUUGCUUAAGAAGAAUUCAAUUCGACUUGUGUGUCCGGCUAGCUAUGAUACUCAUUAUGUUGCAUACAAGGAUAUUGCCCUCCCUCAAGUAAAUCGAUCCUUUUCUCAUCCAGCUGGAAAAUAUGCCAUGCUUAAUAGGACAAAGAGUGAUCUCUGGGCAGGCAUUCCCAUUUCUAAAAUAAGAGCCAGUCUAGAACAUCUGUGGAAGGAUGACACUGAACUUGACUCUGAACGUCUGUGGAAUGAAACUGCUGAAGGACAUCUACUAUUUCAUGACAAAAUUUACAGGAGAACGUUCUGCAUAUGCCCUCAUGGAUUCCCAGCCAAUUCUGCCAUUAUAGCAGACUCCAUCCGUUAUGGAUGUGUUCCUGUUAUCUUUACAAACUACACGGAUUUCCCACUCAAUGGUAUUCUUCACUGGAAUAAAUUUUCAAUGAUACUGGACGAGGAUGGUGCACAUUGGGUUAAGGACAUUUUUAAAGGCAUAAAAGAUGCAGAUUUCACCAGAUUGCAAGACAACUUACUCAAGGUCAAGAAGCACUUCGAAUGGAACUCACCUCCAGUCCAAUUCGACGCAUUCCACAUGGUCAUGCUCGAACUCUGGCGGCGUACCUUUGAGUUCUGA